UAAGCUUUUGAUUGACGUGGGUCGCGAGAACAGAAGUCCUGCGUGACAUCACUUUCCAGAAUUCCCCUUGAAAGACCACGCAAACACUUCACGAAAUAAAACUCCGAGCCUUCACUCGCCAAGUAAACAUUGUUGCCUACUCGUCUGUCGAAACGUUUGAAGGAUGUCUCUGUACCCAUCACUCGAGGACCUCAAGGUCGACAAGGUCAUGAAGGCGCAGGCCCAGUUUGCCCAGACGACCACCUCAAUGCCGGCCAUCACAGAGGGAACCUACCAACCCCAGACAUCGACUGCCAUCAUGCCAGGAUCUACUUUGUACCCGAACCUCGGGGAGCUUGGCGAGUACAUGGGCCUCAGCCUGAACAGCGAUGAGGUCCAGAAAAACCUGGCCCUGGUGCCUGUGGCUGACAACCAGGUGGCGGUGCACCCCGGCUCGGCUGUCGGGGGGAUGAUCCGGCCCGUGACGGGGGCCGAUGUUGGCAUCAUGAGGGCAGAGAUCCGCCAGGGGCUGCGGGAAAUAAUCCUCUGCAAGGACCAGGACAAGAAGGUCGGACUCCGGCUGCGAGCCAUCGACAACGGAGUCUUUGUCCAGCUGGUCCAGGCCAACUCGCCGGCCGCUCUGGCUGGGCUGCGCUUCGGUGACCAGGUGCUUCAGAUCAACGGGCAGAACUGUGCCGGCUGGAGUGUGGACAAAGCCCACAAGGCCCUGAAGGUGGCAUCAGAGACCCGCAUCGAUCUGGUGGUCAGAGACAGGCCAUUUGAGCGCACCGUCACCAUGCACAAAGACAGCUCUGGCCACGUGGGCUUCAUCUACAAGUCUGGGAAAAUCACAUCGCUGGUCAAGGAUGGCUCUGCUGCCCGUAACGGCCUCCUGACUGACCACUACAUCUGCGAGAUCAACGGACAAAAUGUGGUUGGACUCAAGGACUCUCAGAUUAAAGACAUUCUGACCACCUCCCCGACUGCCAUGACCAUCACCAUCAUGCCCAAGUUCAUCUAUGAGCACAUGAUCAAGAGAAUGUCGUCUGGUCUCCUGCGGUCAGCCAUGGAUCACUCCGUCCCUGAAGUGUGAGGACCAGGAGAACAGCCACUGGACGGCCUCCGUCUGUAUAGCAACCGUCUUCUGCAUCACAAUCAUAGUUGACGCCUUGGUCACUUCACAUCUUUUUAAAUGCCUUGGUUUUGCCAUAUAUUUUUUGCAUUAUCCCGUCUCUCCCUUUUAGCUGUCAUCACGUCUAGUCCUUUUAACCACGCCAUCAUGACUAUAUUUGUUUUUGAGAUUAAGGACAGUACUGUUUUCUUUUCUUUUGUCAAAGCCAUGCACACCAUGAGUCAAGAGCUUCCUCCUCAUUGUUCUCAAAACACCAUGUCAAAAUGCUGUACAGAUCUCCCACAGAAAACAUGAGCCGUCACCCCCGACUCUGCACUCGGCCUCUUGUUGGAUAGGUUUUUUUUUAGUGGGCCAGUAAAUAAGUUUUAGCAGUCGUAGGUGUUUUUCUUUGGUUCUUAACAUUUGUCUGUAGAAAGCAGUGCUGUUUCCCUGUUGCUGAGGUUCAGUCUUCAGCAGCUCCAGAGCACCGCUGUGUUGUUGGUGUUGUAACAAUAGGUGGCGCUGUGUCAUUGUGCUGCAUUUUUUUUGUUUGAAGUGUGGAGCGGCUGGAUGGGACUGUGAGGUGGCUCACACAUUCCAGAGGAAGGUUGGAGGGAAGCCCAACUGAGAAGCGACCGUCAGCGCACCAAACCAGGUUUUUAGCUCCGAGGUCUUUUUUUUUUUAAUGCUGGAUGGAAGUUAUUGGAGCAGGUGUGCGCGGCUGACCCACUAAGUGCACUUUCCACUACCUUUUUACAAAGGUUGUCUUUCCUGCAACCAUUUCAGUUUGAUCAUUCUCGUCUCUGUGGUGCCUCAUGUUGUCUCCUCUGUGUUUGGAUGCUGUUAAGAAGUCAUGCUGAAGCUCAACUGACAGCCAUCUGGUUUUUGAGUUUUGCCAUAUGUAACGCCUCCCUUCCCCUUUCCCCUUUUUCUGAAGAGCACAACGAGACUCUGCAGCGCCCUCAAGUGGUGAUUCGUGAUGUAAACUUUAUCCAUUUAUUGCUGGUCAUCUCUACAUGCAUGUGUUCUUUCAAAUUUCAAAGUAUGCAAUCUGGUAAAAGAUCAUUCUGUACAAAAGCUAAAAAAAAAAAAGUUUAUAUACGAAUGUAACCAAAAUAAUAUUGUAAAACAAAUAAACAGACUUUUUGUUCA